AUGAACACACCCUGCUCAGAGCAGACCCGAACAGCACUGACCAGUCGGACCGCCUCGAUGGGGUCUGUUGGUGAGCGAAUGGAUUAUGUCGACCUCCCCGUUCGACAAUUGAACGACGAUGCGGAUCUUCGAGAAUACACUACUGAGACUCGUACAGGUGAAAUCAUCAAGCCUGUCAAGUCCAAUGUCAACGGCCAAAUGGAAGAUUGGAAAUUGGUGACUUUCACUGUCGAUGAUCCCGAGAACCCCAAGAACUGGUCGAAAGUUUACAAAUGGUAUUGCACCAUGGUCGUUGCCUUCACCUGUUUUGUGGUUGCAUUUGGCAGCAGUGUUAUUACUGCAGACUUGACAGGACCAAUGGACGCCUUUGGGGUCUCUCGUGAAGUGAGUUAUGUGGUUGUUACAGUGUUUGUUAUUGGCUUCGGUGUUGGUCCAAUGGUCUUUGCGCCUUUGUCAGAAAUGGUUGGUCGACGUCCAAUCUAUGGCAUUACUCUUCUACUUGCGGUCAUCUUCGUUAUUCCCUGUGCUGUUUCAAAGAACAUUGGAACCUUGAUCGUCUGCCGUCUGAUCGAUGGUAUCGCCUUUAGCGCACCCAUGACCUUGGUUGGAGGCACAUUGGCAGACCUGUGGAAGAAUGAAGAACGUGGCGUUCCUAUGGCUGCUUUUAGUGCUGCGCCCUUCCUUGGACCUGCCAUUGGUCCCCUGGUAGGCGGUUUCCUUGCUGAUAACUGCGGCUGGAGAUGGCUUUACUGGAUCCAACUCAUCUUGUCCUUUGUCGCCUGGGUUUUGAUCACUUUCACUGUACCCGAGACAUACGCACCCAUUCUACUGAAGAAGCGAGCUGCCAAACUCCGAAAGACUGAGAACGAUCCUAAAUAUACUACCGAAACCGAACUUGACCCUCGAUCACUCGGACAGAAGCUGCGUGUCUUCCUUUUUCGCCCUUUCCAGCUCCUCCUCCUGGAGCCCAUCGUUUUCUUUAUUGCCAUUUAUAUGUCAGUUCUCUAUGGAUUGCUGUACAUGUUCUUUGUCGCAUAUCCGAUUGUCUAUCAGUCUGGUAAGGGCUGGAGUGCCUCGAUGACAGGUCUCAUGUUCAUUCCGAUGGCAAUCGGUGUCUUGAUGAGCGCUGCUGGAGCGCCAUUUGUCAACAAACACUAUCUCAAGAUCUCCGAACAGUGGAAUGGCAAACCCCCAGCUGAAAUGCGCCUCAUCCCUAUGAUGUGGUCUUGCUGGCUGAUUCCAAUCGGUCUUUUCAUCUUUGCAUGGACCUCAUAUCCUACCGUUCAUUGGUUUGGGCCCUGUAUUGCUGGAUGGCCUGUGGGAUUUGGAUUUAUUUUCUUGUACAACUCUGCGAACAACUAUCUCGUCGAUACCUAUCAACACCAAGCGGCAUCGGCCCUUGCAGCCAAAACCUUCCUUCGAUCUAUGUGGGGUGCCUCCACCGUAUUGUUCACCGAGCAAAUGUACAACCGGCUGGGAUACCAAUGGGCAAGCUCUCUCUUGGCAUUCAUUGCUCUAGCCUGCUGUGCCAUUCCCUUCGUGUUUUACUUCAAGGGAGAAGCAAUUCGUCGGUUCUCCAAAUACGCUUUCAGUGAUGAUGAGGAACAAGGCGUCAAGGCUUAA